UCUGAUAUACGCAUGCCCGCCGGUCGAGUAUUAUUCGAGAUAAGAGCGUCAGUUGAGUUUGGUCCCUGCAACGAUUUCAGGUUUGAGCUGGGUAGUGUGAGAGAAUUAUUGCGCGGGGGCAAUUAAGAAGCAACGGAGACACGGAGGCGCGAGCGAACCUCGUUGCGGCUUGUCUCGGCUUGUCUCGGGGAUUCGGUCCUCCCGCGAGAUCGCGCGAGUCGUCGCCACGAGAAUCUGGCCGAGCCAUUUUUCUGUCGAGCGUGACGCGCCGCCGGCCAAUGAGGUCGCGCGUGGUGGCCGGCCAUUUUACUUUCGCUACGACCGCGCGGAACGACAGCUGAGGAAUCUCUCGGUCGGGCUGCGUACCGUCAUGCAGUUUCGUAGAAGAUCGUAAGCGAGAGACAGUUGGGUUCUGCCGUGGGCACGUCCAGGCGGUGGCUCUCACCGUUGUUGCAUCCCGCCUCUUGCUCGCAGUGUUACCGGCAAAUCUACGUGACCCGACGCGUCGCGAGCCCCGAUCGACGAGCGAACGUACGCCGCGAUGGUCCUGGCGGAGAGGAAUUCGGAAAAUGUGCGUAACGGCCGCCGUUCGCGAGGCCCCAGCCCCAACGCACAGACCGAGUCGUCCAGCGAGGAGGAAGGAGUUCCAGCAGAAAAAAUUAGAGUUGGACGAGAUUAUCAGGUCGUCGUGCCAGAAUUUGUUCCUGUUAAUGAACGUCGAUUGGAUCAGUGUCCCGAUAGAGCAUUAUUGGUUUGGUCACCCACCACGGAUAUACCGGAUCAAAAAUUGGACGAGUACAUUAUAUUAGCUAAAGAAAAGUAUGGUUACAAUGGAGAACAAGCAUUGGGAAUGCUGUUUUGGCAUAAGCACAAUUUGGAGCGUGCAGUUCUGGAUCUGGCAAAUUUUACACCUUUUCCCGAUGAGUGGACGGUCGAGGAUAAAGUACUGUUUGAGCAGGCCUUCCAAUUUCAUGGCAAGAGUUUCCAUCGCAUUCGACAAAUGCUCCCUGAUAAAUCUAUCGCGAGCCUUGUGAAAUACUACUACAGCUGGAAGAAGACGCGAACUAGAACAUCAUUAAUGGAUAGGCAAGCACGCAAAUUGACGAGCGGUUGCAAAGAAGGAGAAAACGGCAGUGAGAAUGGAAGUGAGCUGGGUUCCAACACAGAUAGCGAAUCGGAAGAAAAAAAAUGGACGAUCCACCGCGGAAUACGCCGUGGAAAGAACCAAGCUGUGCCAGGAAGCCAAGGCACUGACGCCAAGGCCCCAUCCGACUCGGAAAACGCCCCUCAGGUUCAGGGCUCGUGUAGCAACUGUGGCGUUGCAUGCCAUAGUGUCCGUGCGACGCCCAAGGGACAUGCGUGUCAUAGCUGCUAUCUACAUUGGAGGCGCACUGGUGUAGCAAGACCGUUAACUUCCAUGCCGGGUCGUACGAAUAAAAGAAAACCACCCCGGGGCUUGGUUGUGAAUCACGAUGAUUUAGCAGCUUUGGCUGGUCAACCAAAUCAAGCCAACAACAGUUUGCAAGCUAUCGACACUGAAAUCGUUAGCUUAAAACGUCAAAUACAAGCUAAUAAACAACAAGUGAGUGCCCUGAAGCGAAAAACAACCGAUGGUAUCGACCAUCUACGACCGCCGGAAGUGUCAAGUCGUAUAAAUGCCCGCUGGACAAAUGAUGAGCUGCUGUUAGCCGUUCAAGGCAUUAGAAAAUACGGAAAAGAUUUUGCCGCAAUCGCUGAAGUUAUUGGAACUAAAACUGAAGCCCAUUUACGGUCAUUUUUCGUUAACUAUCGACGAAGAUAUAACUUGGAUGCAGUCUUAAAGGAGUUUGAGGCUGAAAAUGGUCCCAUUCUUAUCGACGAUGAAAAAGAAGAAAAGAUGGAUGUUGAUCAAUCAAAUGAUACCGCGGAAUCAUCUCAGAAGGGGAAAACUUCCACUGGGCCUGGACAAGCUGCUAAAUAACAAAUGAGUAUCAUCUUAAAUACAAAACGGGAAAAGAAUAACUGCAGGCUCAGUGAUAACAACCUGUAAUACUAUGUUGAUUGAUUAACGUUAAGUUUAAUCAAUUUCUUUUUCUUUUAUUUUUAAAUUUUACUUUAUUGUCUCAUUGUCAAUCAAGAAUGAUAUGGAACACAAGAAUUUACUCUAAAAGAAUCCAAAUUUAACUGCAUAAUACAUUAUUCUCUCUCUAUAUAUAUUUAUAUGUAUAUGAAUCAUAUGAAGAAUAUUAUUUAUGUUACGAAAAUCAUAUGUAAUUGCAACAAUAAUCAUAUGAAUUAUCAUAAUCUGAUACUCUUAAUAAGUUUUAUUGUACUCAAGGCUGACUCAAUUAUUCUUUUGUAUAAAAGAGACUUUAUGUACCUUUUAUACAUAAUGCAUAACGUAUGUAUGUAUGAUAAUACAUUGUAAUAAAAAUAUAUCGUACAUAUGUAUUAUACAUAUGUUAGAAAAUUUAAUUUCUUACCAAGAGCUUAUUUGCAAAAUGCUUAUUACAAUGUGUAUUGUACAUAGAUGCAAAUUGUAUUUAAAAGUAAUUUUUUAAUAUUAUUUUCUUACAUAUUACAUGCCGAAAAUUAAUUUUUCUCGCUUAUACGUUAUUUAAAUCAUAGUAUGGAUUUGAAUCCAUUUGUGUUAAAGUGACAAUAUUAAGUUAUUGAUCUCAUAUGAAAAGAGAGAUAGACAAAGAGAGUUAUACAUAUAUUACUACUAUAAUAAAUUAUCAAACAGAGAUUACACAACCAUAGAAAUAUUAAGAAUUUUAUGGACUAAAGAAAGCGUUAAGAUGAAUUGUGGAGAACAUUUAAUCUCAGAUGUCUUUGUUCUUAUCUUUAUUAUUGUCAUGCUUAUAGCGAGAUUUGCCAUGAAACUACCAUGUUCUGUGUAUCAAUUUUGCUGCUUAUAUUACUUCUGUUUCGGAAAUUUUACUUUCAUAAUAAUUUUCAAUAUUUUCAACGUUCUUUUCUUAUUUUACUUUUUGUUGUUUUAUAAUAGUUGUCUACAAUAAUGGCUCUUAUUCCCAAGAUUAUGACAGAGAAUAGCGACAAAAAACACAUAGACACUGACUUGAAUAAUCUUUCGAUUAAUUUCUGCAUAAUUUAAGUAUCGUGAAUAAGUGUUACAUACAAUAAAAAUAUCAGGUACUUCAAUUUUUUCUCGUUUAUGUGUAAAUUACAUAAAUUUAACGUAUCGCUUACAUUAUUCUGAUGCUUGAAAGAGCUUGAUUAUAUACGGGAAUAAUGUCACAAUUAAAAUUCUUUAGCAUUAUGAUAAGUAGUAGCCAGAAAAGCACAGGAGAUUAUAUUUCACAUUUAAUAACAUAAAUAAAAUACAAUCCAUAUUGUAAUAGAUUGUAAUUAAAUAUUAUAAUCUGUUAUAAUAUUUAAUUUAUUAAGAUGCGCGCGCGUGCACACCACACACACAACGCACGUUGAUAAGAAGUUGUAGUUUGAUGAAGAAAGAUCAUCAUUUAGACAAGAAAAAGAAUGAUGUUCUUAUAUGUCAUAGUGUUCUUACAAAUGAAUGCGAAUUGUCAUUAUAAAAGAUGGAACUUGUUACCAUCUAGUGGCUACAAUGUAUAUAGCAGUGUGUCAUGAACAAAACAAGAUUAGUUUCUGAAUGAGGAAAAGGAAAUAGUGUCUUUACGAAACGAUAAUGCACGCCUUCAUAUUAACAUCCAAUUUCUAUACAAAAUCUGAGCUUUAGCUCACAAAUCUAUUAAUAAUUUAGGUAGUAAUAUAUAGAGCGCACAUUCUACUAACCUUUAUAAAAUAGCCAUUAAAUGAUGACGUUUUCAUGUAUAAUACAGAAUAUGUAUAUUUUGGUGUGUAAUAAGGCCGAAAAUCAUUUUAUAAUGUUAGUUUUUGUUCAAAAAAAUACACGACAGGAAGCUAAAGAUUCUUUUACUACGAGUAAAAAAAUCUUUGUUAAUUAACUUUACAUAAAACACCUCUGCUACACGAAAAGUCUACAGUAGUUUAAAAAAAUAUGAGCAUUUUAGCUUACUUGAAAUUUUAACAGCUGAUAAACUGUGUAUUUUCAAGUAAAACAAAAUAUUAAGUUACUUGAUACGGUGUAAUAUUAUACAUAUGAAUGAUAAAUUCGUUUAUAUAUAUUUUGCUUUUUCUCUGUGUUGAUACAAUUUGAUAUCAUCUCUUUUGAAAUAUAAAUGUUAUUACACCAUUGGAUUUAAAUGAUAUUAACAUUUUAUAAUCAAUUAGAGAAGCUGCCCAUUGCAGUUAGACUGGACUUUGCUAUGAACAAUAAUAACAUUUUGGUGUAAAUUUUGUAUAUUUUAUCAACAUUUUGUUACUUAAUUUAUGCAAGGAAGAAAUUUCAUCGCCGAUUUUAUUUAAACUUGAUUCAAUCUUGUUUCUGGAUUUCAUUUUAUCCACAAUAUCAGCUUUCACAGAAUCAACAUUCAAUACGUUGCCAAGUUUGUCAAUUCUUCGCUUCAUCGUUUAAAGUUUUUUUUUUUCAAUAGACUUCUAAUAGAAAAGUUUAGUUUUCAUAAAAAUAAUUACAUCAAUUUUUUUAAUCUAGAUUGGCGCAGCGGGGAAUAAAUUAAAAGUUGCUAAUAAAAUAGUAUUACCUGUGUUAUCUGGUGUCGAAUAGCAUCUAUUUCAUCUCUUAUCUCUGCUACUUUGUUUUCUUUAAGAACUUUUUCCAUCUUUUCUAUCUUUGAAUAAUUACUGUGCAGCUCAUCAACUUUUAUCUGCAAUUCUUUUUCAUCUCUUCGUAUAGUCAAUCUACCAUUUUGCUCUACCUGUUUCUCUAACGCCCGUAUCUUUUCUUCCCCUUUUUUUGUACGAGGCUUCACCUCUGUACAUAAAAUGUUUGCAUAAUUUAGCAACGUAGAGAGAAAAAGAACGAAGCAAUGUAACACUGAUAUAAACAUACAUCCGAUUCUACCGUAUCGAAAUCCCAAACUUGUGUGUAAUUUAACAACUGAUUGCGACGAACGAUCCAAUUCAGUAACAUUCACAUAUUCAAGAGAAAUCGUAAGUUGACAUUAUUUUUAUUAUACAUAUUUUUCGACGAUAAACUAUUGUAGCUAAUAAUUUAAGUAGUUAAAUUACAUAAUGUGUAAAAAAAAGUCUAAAUUGAACAAUGUUAUAGGUAGACAGUGAUCCAUAUAAAAUCUAGCUUUAAUAUAUUGAUAGCAGUAGUAAGAAGACUAUUAAAUAAGUAUCCGUAUAUAGCUAAAAGUUACAAUAUUAUUCAAAUUAUAUAUCGGCAAAUUGACACACGCGCAUGUGUGAAUAUACGUAAGUGUGUGUGUGUGUAUAAGAAUGAACGAUCGCUCAUGCGUGCUUUGACAGACCAGUCGUGAGUUGUUUAUGUACUCACAAGCAGGAUUCGUAUUUUCCAAACAGAAGUGAGUCGAGUCUCCCCUCGACAUAAGUACAGGGGAACAUCAAGAAUGAAAAUUGCGUUCACCAAUAGUGACAUAUCACGCAAACGCGACAAAAAUCUUGCCAAUAGAUUAAGACGAUAAUAUAAAAAUGGAACACCAUUUGUGUAAUAGCGAGUAAAAAUUAUGACAUUAAAAAAAAUUCUAUAGUUAGAUCAUUGCUCAGUAUGCGAGGGCGCGCAUUAUCGCUGUAAAACGCAUCAUUUUCGCGAAACCGAAUUGCAAAGAUCUCUGUCAUCAAAAAUCUUUUGCCAAAAUUAGAUUGAUCCGCACUUUUGCGUGAUUGUUUUACAGAACAUUAACAUACACAUAUUGCGUUUUAUUUAUUUUCACGUUAGAUUUAACGUUAGAUGUUACUUUUAGGUGUAAUAUUUUUAAUAAAACUCGUCGAAAAUUCGCCGGAAGAAAUGCGACUUGAGUGUGUCAAUGCAACGAUAAGGCUACAUUGACGGUAUUACGCUAAUUUUUUGUUACAAGAUGCGUAUGCAGACUACUCUAGGUUUAAGAAUCGUUUGUCUUGUGUAAGAAAUGAGAAUUUCAUCAAUUUGCUGCUGUAUCUAAUAUAUCUGCAAUCAUUUGAGUGUAUCGAUAUAAAAAUCUUUGCUCUCUUGCAAUGCGGAUAUUUACAAAUUAAAAUUGUCAUUAUGUAUUAGCUGCUACGAUGUAUAUAGCGACCGUGGCGAUCAAGAAAGAAAUGGAACAUAAAAAAAGAGUUCAUAGUAUAUUGUGUAUAUGUAUAAAGAGUGAAAUCUAUGUUUAUACAUAUUCCUUGGAAUAUGUGUGUCGCACAUUUGGCUAAGUUGUACACAUGUAAUUAUACAGAAUUAAAUAUAUCUUGCGCAUUGUA